CGGUCUAUCUCAGUUAGUCACUGAUUAUACAUAUCUAUAAUUAAAUAUUGUACUUUAAGUACUGUUUCUAUGAGUAUGAAAACUGUAGUACGUUUUAGAUAGUUAAUACUUCGGCACACCUGUUUUAUUUAUUGUAUUGAUAUUUAAUUGCAUUUUGUACGAUCGGAAGUUUAAGAAGGUUAUCAGAAAGCUAAUGUUGUUAAGAAGAUAUGAGAAGUAAAAUGUAUCUAAAAAGUGUGAAGUGCAAUAAAGACAUAUAAUUUGGCAGUAUUGUUUAAUAAAUGUUAAAUAAAGAAAAACGGAUCUAUCAGAUGAAUGAAACAAUGCUAAUUAUACAAAAUGACUAAUCGAAUAAAUAUUCCUUAAAAGAAAUAAUGUUGUACUUUCCCGUACCUUCCUGGAAGGUAAAUUACGAAUUUGAAACAUUUAAUUAAGUGUACAUUUUCUUAACAAUUAUAUUUUAAAUACGGCGUAUAUAAAUAUGGCACAAAUACAAACUUCGGGCGCGGAUGGGCUGCCAAAGCAUUUUGUUACCGCUAUGCGUACACUUUUUGAUAUUAUGGAUGACCAAAAUACAGGAUUUGUGAAAUUUUCUGAUAUUGAAGGCAGAUGGCAAGACGACGGAACGCAAGGUCUUCCAAAAGGUGUUCUAGAUAGUCUUAAAAAAGUCACUCCACCCAAUGGCUUAUUGUCUUUUGAAAGGUUUUGUACAGGACUAAAGAUAUGUUUACUACAAAUUCAAACAGAUAGUGACACGAAGAAACACGAUGGUCAACCGAAUAGACCACCAUCUGCUCCAAUACUUAUACCUGACAAUCAAAAUAAAACAACAUGGACAUCCCCAAAUACAGCAACUAUCAGGCCAAAUAAUGCUAUAUCUCAACAGCGUACUUUAAGCAUGCCACAAUUAUUACCAGGCCGAAAAGAUGUAAAUCAUACACACUUAGAAUUAAUGGAUGGUGGCCAUAGAAGUGGACCUGAAUUGAAAUUAAAUAAGGCAUAUGGACCUCCAAAACCUCCACGAAUGGGUACUGCAUUAGAAACUAGAACUCUUAAUUCAGAUAGAAAUUUUGACAAAUCUGAAAUUCGAACUGUAUUGCAAAAUUGGCAGAUGGGUUUAUUAAUGAAUGAUGAUAAAACUAUAGAAAAAAGACAAUUGCCAACAGUAAAUUACAGAUCUGACACUAGAACAUUAUUAAGACCAGGUAGAAUAUUGGGAGAUGGUAAAGCAGUUGAGUUACAAAAUAAUAAUCAAAUUGGCUUACAGCCAAAAAAAGCAUUAAGUAGGCGUAGAGAACCUAGGCGUCACACGUUGCAGAAUGGUAUUGAUUAUAAUAUGAUGAAAAGAAUGAAACAAAUUGAGCAAGAGAAAGACGUAUUACUUCAAGGUCUUGCUGCAGUCGAUAAAGCCAGAGAAUGGUAUUUGAAACAAAUCUCCUCUACUCAAGAAAAAAUCAAACAUCUUGGACGUAUGGGAUCUCAUGUGGAACAAUGGACAGAAGCACAACAAGAACGUUUAGAAUUACAACGUGCUCGAGUUUUAGAAGUUAACAGACAUUUAGCUGCAUUAAUAUGUAGUUGGGAACGUGGUGGACUUCCCCUUCACAUGAAUCUUGCUUUCCUUAGUACUCCUACAUCUACUCAACUUCAACAAGAUAUUUUGUCUAGGUUAAAGCAACAAAAUCAUAGAUUAACAGAGGAAGUCAGUAAAAAAAGCCAGCGAAUAACAAUACUUGAACAAGAAAAGGACAACUUAAUACGAGAAUUGUAUAAUAGACAAAGUGGUAUGGUUCAAUCUAGAAGAGCAACAAUGAUACAUGAACAACAUGAUCAAACAUUCAUGUAAGAAUAUAAACAAUCAAAGUUUGUCUUUAAUGGCAUAAUGAAAAUAUCGGAUAUGCAUAUUAAGAAAACUAAUUGAAAUCAUUAUUAUAUUUAAACUUUAAUUAUAUGCGUUGAAAUAUUUUAAAUAUUUGUGUGAAACAUAAAAUAUUUUUGUAAAAUAUUUACAAUAUUAAUAUUUAAAUGUACUUAUAUAUUAUAAAUGAAGUUUUAAAAUUUUUAUAAUCCAUCGAAGAAUUGAACGAGAGAUUAUGUUCUUUUCUAAUAAAUUAUUAUUGUAAUUAA